CGUUAUAAACGGGUGCACUUUCUUGCUGGGACAAAAUAACCCUGCUGAUUAUUCUGCAACAAGGAUGCACAUUUUGUGUGGUGUGUUGCUUUUGGUCUCUCUAGUUCUGGGCCACUCUUGGUCUGCCUUAAAUAAAGAGUGGGAAGAGUGGAAAAUCAAACAUGGCAAAGUUUAUGAAAAUCAAACUGAGAUCAUUUUCAGGAGAGCAGUGUGGGAGAAGAACAUGCAGUUGGUGUUGAGACACAACCAGGAGGCUUCAGCAGGAAAACAAAGCUUCACAAUGGGACUCAAUCAUCUGGCUGAUAUGAUAUCUGAGGAAAUCAAUGAGAAGCUGAACGGCCUGAAGCAGGAGGAGCCUAUUCAUUUCAGAAAUGGCACAUUUAAGGGCAUGAGUGGCUUAUCGAUGCCUCAGAGUGUGGACUGGAGGAAGAACGGCCUGGUCAGUCCAGUUCAAAACCAGGGGUUAUGUGGGUCGUGCUGGGCCUUCAGCUCUUUGGGAGCUCUUGAGGGCCAGAUGAAGAAGAGAACAGGGGUCCUUGUUCCCCUGAGCCCACAGAACCUGGUGGACUGCAGCACCAAUGAUGGAAAUCACGGCUGCAGAGGAGGAUACAUCUCUAAAUCCUUCAGCUACAUCAUCCGCAACCGAGGCGUAGACUCAGAGAGCUUUUACCCCUACGAACACCAGAACGGGAAAUGUCGUUAUUCUGUCAAGGGAAAGGCCGGCUACUGCUCUAAUUAUCACAUCCUCCCACGGGGAGAUGAGAAGACUCUGCAGGCUGCAGUGGCAUCGGUGGGGCCGGUUGCAAUGGCCGUCAACGCCAUGUUGCAAUCUUUUCAUCUCUACAGAGGAGGUGUAUACAGCGUACCCAACUGCAACCCAAAGUUUAUAAAUCACGCUGUCCUGGUUGUGGGCUAUGGCACAGACAGAGGACAAGACUUCUGGCUCGUGAAAAACAGUUGGGGAACUGCGUGGGGAGAAGGAGGCUUCAUUCGAAUUGCCAGAAACAAGAAAAAUCUCUGCGGCAUUGCCAAUUUUGCAGUUUAUCCCACCCUAUAAAAUUGU